AUGUCAUUUUCUUGUGCCAUCUUUUUCCGAAAUUUUAUAUAUUCAGGAACCACUAUGACAAAGGAAUGGGCAGAUACAUCCUCUCCAAGAAGAAGCCCUAGGUUGUUCCACAAGUAUCUCAAACCAGGAGCACUGGCCAAACUGAGGGACUCCAAGAUCAAAGAAAGACACAAUCAAAGAGCAACAAAUAAAAAUUCUCUCCAUGAAGCGUUGUUGUUAACACCAACAUCUCCAUCCUCACCCACCCAAAAUGAUUAUCAGCCUCUGAACCAGGAUAAUGGGGUUCCAUGCUUCACUUCCCCCGUCAAUUUCAAUAACCCCAGUUGCCUCCGCCGCAAGAAACUCUUCGCGGUUACUCCAACUUUCACUCACGCUGAUGAAUCUCAGUUCUAG